CUUCCUGCGCAGCACGGCGUGGCCAGGCGGCUGGGUGCCGGGAGGGUUCACUCGGCAGCAAGAUGCGCAUCGAGAAAUGUUACUUCUGCUCCGGGCCCAUCUACCCGGGACACGGGCUCAUGUUCGUGCGGAACGACUGCAAGGUCUUUAGAUUCUGCAGAUCAAAAUGCCACAAAAACUUUAAAAAGAAACGAAAUCCCAGAAAGGUCAGAUGGACCAAAGCCUUCCGGAAAGCAGCUGGUAAAGAACUAACAGUGGAUAAUUCAUUUGAGUUCGAAAAACGUAGAAAUGAGCCACUGAAAUACCAGAGAGAGCUGUGGAGCAAAACUGUUGAUGCAAUGAAGAGAGUGGAAGAGAUCAAACAAAAACGCCAAGCUAAAUUUAUCAUGAACAGAUUAAAGAAGAGCAAAGAGCUGCAGAAGGCACAAGACAUCAAAGAAGUCAAGCAAAACAUACACCUUGUUCGGGCUCCACAUGCAGGCAAAGCAAAACGGCUGGAGGAGAAAAUGGUACAGAAAUUGCAAGAGGCUGUAGCUAUGGAAGAAGAGUCCUAAAAACCUUGUCUUUUUUUUCCUUCUAUUUUUACUUCCUCAACUUACUUAGUGUUUUUUGACUCUCCUCUUCAGAGUUCUGACUUGUGCAUUAUUGAUUCGUUUGACAUUUGUUCAUUGAAAUGAAAGGUGAUUAAACACACCCUAGAUGCA